UCUUCUCUCGGCUCUCGUUUUGUGUGUUGGGGGGAUGGGGUUGUGCCGAGGAUGAGAGACUACAAAUAUUUACGACUUGGCUAACUAAAUAUCCCUAUUUCCAAACUGGGCUUCAACCAUCGCUCCUUUAUACUUUUCGGACACGUAUGAGUUUGAGUGGAAUUUGGCCAAGAUAAAGUGGAGUAUUAUUACGUCCACGACACACGCUUAAAAAGUCGACAAAAUGUAUUCCUCUGCUGGAGCUUCUGAGACGCUUGAGGGCCCCCGGUCCUCUGGGUCAAUAAGCUCUGACCCCGAUGUGUCAGAACCCCCCUCUUCCCCAGUACCAGAAUAUGUGUUCAAGCCACCAUCACGGCCUGACUUUGGCACCAUGGGCAGGACAAUCAAGCUUCAGGCCAACUUCUUUGAGAUGGAAAUCCCCAGACUGGAGGUCUACCAUUACGACAUAGACAUCAAGCCUGAGAAAUGUCCCAGGAGGGUCAAUCGUGAAAUUGUGGAGCACAUGGUCCAGCACUUUAAAACCCAGAUCUUUGGUGAUCGAAAGCCAGUGUAUGAUGGGAGGAAAAAUCUUUACACUGCCAUGCCCUUGCCUAUAGGCAGAGAUAAGGUGGAGCUUGAGGUGACCAUUCCCGGUGAAGGCAAGGACCGCAGCUUCAAAGUGUCCAUUAAGUGGGUGUCCUGUGUUAGCCUGCAAGCUCUUCAUGAGGCGCUAUCUGGACGGCUACCUAGCGUCCCCUUUGAGACCAUUCAGGCCUUGGAUGUGGUCAUGAGACAUUUGCCCUCUAUGAGGUAUACCCCAGUGGGACGUUCUUUCUUCACGCCGUCAGAGGGAUCCUCAAACCCACUCGGUGGUGGCAGAGAGGUGUGGUUUGGCUUCCAUCAGUCUGUCAGGCCUUCUCUCUGGAAAAUGAUGCUGAACAUUGAUGUUUCAGCCACUGCUUUCUACAAAGCUCAACCUGUGAUUGAGUUUAUGUGUGAGGUCUUGGAUUUCAAAAGCGUUGAAGAACAACAGAAGCCCUUAACAGACUCUCAGCGAGUCAAGUUUACUAAGGAAAUCAAAGGCCUAAAGGUGGAGAUCACUCACUGUGGGCAGAUGAAGCGAAAGUACAGAGUGUGCAAUGUGACCAGAAGACCAGCCAGCCACCAAACAUUCCCCCUGCAGCAGGAGAAUGGCCAAACAAUUGAAUGCACCGUAGCGCAGUACUUCAAAGACAAAUACAAGCUUAUUCUGCGAUACCCCCACCUCCCAUGUCUACAGGUGGGACAGGAGCAAAAGCACACCUACCUACCUCUAGAGGUGUGUAACAUAGUGGCAGGGCAGCGCUGCAUCAAAAAACUCACAGACAAUCAGACCUCCACUAUGAUUCGUGCCACAGCUCGAUCAGCACCAGACCGUCAAGACGAGAUUAGCAAACUGAUGAGAAGUGCCAACUUCAACACUGACCCUUAUGUUCGAGAGUUUGGAGUAAUGGUGAGAGAUGAGAUGACAGAAGUGAAUGGCCGAGUUCUACAAGCACCAUCUAUUCUGUAUGGAGGCAGGAAUAAAGCAAUAGCCACACCAAUACACGGAGUGUGGGACAUGAGAAACAAGCAGUUCCACACAGGCAUUGAAAUCAAAGUGUGGGCCAUCGCCUGCUUCGCGCCACAAAGACAGUGCACUGAACUCCUGCUCAAAGCCUUCACAGAUCAGCUGAGAAAGAUCUCUAGGGAUGCCGGAAUGCCCAUCCAGGGUCAGCCUUGCUUCUGUAAAUACGCCCAGGGAGCGGACAGUGUGGAGCCCAUGUUUAGACACCUCAAGUACACCUACCAGGGCCUCCAGCUGGUCGUAGUGAUCCUACCAGGGAAGACGCCAGUCUAUGCUGAGGUGAAACGUGUCGGGGACACUGUGCUGGGCAUGGCCACGCAGUGUGUGCAGGUGAAGAAUGUUCAAAAGACAACACCCCAGACUCUCUCCAACCUCUGUCUGAAGAUCAACGUCAAACUGGGUGGUGUUAACAACAUCCUUCUCCCACAGGGCAGGCCAAUGGUGUUCCAGCAGCCAGUGAUUUUCCUUGGUGCAGAUGUGACUCAUCCGCCUGCAGGAGAUGGAAAAAAGCCUUCUAUUGCCGCUGUUGUGGGGAGUAUGGAUGCCCAUCCUAGCAGAUACUGUGCAACAGUCCGGGUGCAACAGCAUCGUCAAGACAUCAUUCAGGACCUGGCUACCAUGGUGAGAGAGUUGCUGAUCCAGUUCUACAAGUCCACCCGUUUCAAGCCCACAAGGAUCAUCUACUAUAGGGAUGGAAUCUCAGAGGGCCAGUUCAAUCAGGUUCUUCAGCAUGAGCUGCUGGCGAUCCGUGAGGCCUGCAUUAAACUAGAGAAGGACUAUCAGCCUGGUAUCACAUUUGUUGUGGUGCAAAAGAGGCACCACACAAGACUGUUCUGUAUGGACAGAAAUGAGAGGGUUGGGAAAAGUGGCAACAUUCCUGCAGGCACCACAGUGGACACGAAAAUCACUCAUCCAUCAGAGUUUGACUUCUACCUUUGCAGUCACGCUGGCAUUCAGGGAACCAGCAGGCCGUCUCACUACCAUGUGCUCUGGGACGACAACCACUUCUCAUCCGAUGAACUCCAGGUCCUCACCUACCAACUAUGCCACACCUAUGUGCGCUGCACCCGCUCAGUUUCCAUCCCAGCGCCAGCCUACUACGCCCAUUUAGUGGCUUUCCGUGCUCGCUAUCACUUAGUUGACAAAGAGCAUGACAGUGCUGAGGGGAGUCACACAUCAGGCCAGAGCAAUGGCCGCGACCACCAGGCUUUGGCCAAGGCCGUUCAGAUCCACCAAGACACCCUGCGCACCAUGUAUUUUGCCUGAGAGCAAACAACACCAGGUUGGCGUGGGUGAGACCCCACUGAUGGAACACACUACCCUUCGCUGUCUUACCUGUCAGCUAUAGAUAGCAUCACUUAAGCCUAUGUCUACAAUAGUACUUCAGCCCCUGACAGACACAAAACACCAAGCCAGCUAUUAGACUGUAAGACACAAAAGACUCCCUUUUUUAUGGGGAUUGAGCUGGAAGAGGUUUUAUUUACAUGUUGUGCAUUAGUGUGUAUUUGUAUUUGUUGUAGGGAAAUAUUGCAAAAUCUGAGAAGCAAGAGUAAAGUUUGUACACUGAUAGAAGAAAUCUAACAUUUCUGAACUAGUGGGCAGUAACAUUAUGCAUCGGGGUGUUUACUUUAAAAGGAGCUGUUCAACCUCUUAUUUUCAUUGUUUUGUUGGGCCUUGGUGCUUGAAAGGAGAACAAGACAUCAAAGAUGAUGGGGUCCAUUGACUGUUAAUAUGCCUAAUGAUUUUUCUCCUCUGACAAACAUUAUUUAUCAGCCAAUCAAAGCUAAAUGCACUGACUAGAAUGGGUACUUCAAUCAGGACAAUAGUACUUAAUAUAUUGAGAGUUGCGUGUGAUUUUCACAUAGGGCACUAUGUGAUGAAAAGUGCCAUUUGAGACCACUUUUCUGUCGUCAUUUCUAUGUAAAAACUAUGAAUUGGCCCACAUCAGCUGGGUUUUCAGUAUUUGCCCUUGAUUGACACUGAUGAACCUUUAAUGCCAAAUCUGGUGACAACUUGCUAAAGGAUUCUUUGCAUCAGAUUUGUUAUCAACCCUUCAACCAACAUUUUAUCCUGAGGGCUUUUAGUGUUCAGAAAUGUAAAGAACAGCAUUUUUUUAUCUUCCUCUGCCUCAUGUUUUAGUCUGAACUGAAAAAAGGUGCACCCGUAGCCCCAUACAUUGGGACUGGUUCCCAACAAGGACACCUACUCUGAGCCGUGUUGAUAGGAGACACCUGAUGAAGAAAAUGACACGGAGGGGAACUUAAUGAAAUCUGGGUUUGUUCCCUUCUGUUUUUCGCAGCCUGUUUUAAUUUCAAUCAGUUUUUGUAAUGCAUAUGCAUGUGGCUGACUUCUGUUUGACACAUUUAGACAUUUGUUGUUUAGGCAUAGUUGUUUUUUUCUUCCUUUGUACACAUUAACCCUACUUCUAUUUUUACUGUAUAUACCAAGAGGAUAGUGUUCUCUGCAGUGUCUUUGUCAGUGCAAGAUGUUUGUGUGGAGUCUCAUUUUCCAGGCAUUCGGUACAGUGGAGUGAACGCCGCAACAUGUCAGAGAUGAACCGAUUGAAAGCCCCUUAAAGAAACUCUUUCUCUUAAAGAAAGCCUUUGCUCCAAGAAUCAGGAGCAGAAAUCGCACAAAUGUUGGGUUUUAUGCAAAUUACUUUUUGUGAGUCUUUAUACUAUAUAGUAAUGUUGGUUAUAAGGUAUAUUUUGAAUAAGCUUUCAGUAGAGGCUGCUGAAAAUAUAAAGAUUUUUUUAAUGACUGGCCCACACACAGAUAAAUUUAAGUGUAUUUGUAUACAGAAUUUAAAUGCAAAUAUUCUCUUGCCUUCUAAGACAGUUUCAGUCUUACUAGUAAUUCUAGAUAUACCCUAACAUCCCACCUAGGUUUUACUGCUAAGGUAAGCUGGCGAAUGUUCAUAUAGUGAUCGGAGGAGAGUAGUCUAUCUUUUCUAACUAUGCAUCAUUUUUAACCAAGAGAUUUAGCAGUGAGGCAUCUGACUAAGAUUUGGGUCAUUUCUAGAAGUAGAUAAUGUGUUUUGGUUUUUUUUGUUAGUUUUUUAGCAUGUUGCAUUUAGUAGCGUUUGAGUGCUUAUCAGCGUCUUCAUACCUUUCUGCAGGGAUGAAGUCUUUGUGUGGUCAUUUGUAUCGUUGUAGAUUUUAUAGUCUAAAAAUGUUGGGUGUAUCCUUUGUAUCACACCGUCUUUCUUAGCCAAACAAGAUUGCAAACUUUUACAUGACUAAUAAUGAAAAGACAUUGAAGCACAAAAAGACAUGUUGAUUCUAGGUGCUAGACGUUUUCCCCGUAAACCACCUUAAAUCCUCGCUGGACUAGUCCACAAGGCGUUUUACUCCUCUGCUUAAAGGUUCUUUGUCUUUUUUUGAGGAUCUCUCUCUGUCUCUUUCUUUCUCUCUGUCUCUUUGUAUCUCUCUGUGUUAUUCUUUUACUUAUUUACCUGUAAAGCAACUAGAAAUCCGACUGACUGUGUUUGUGGGGCAUUCUGAAAAUCAUGUACUUGAUAUUUACUUUUAUGAUGUCAAUAUUGUUCUUAUUGGUGCUGGUCUCGCAACAUGUAAAUUUGGAUGCACUUUUGAUAGCAGGACAUUGGAAUGAAUUCUGUACACGUGUUCCUCAAUCGACGCAGGAGGCUCGGCCAUAUUGUGACACUGGUGUAAUUGUAUGGAAAUGGCUGUGUGUUCUACCUCUUGUUACCUGUUUUAGUGUAAUGGUAACAUCACACUGCUGGCCAUUUCUGUAUAAUUACCCUGCUAUCUAUGUAAUUGGCAUUGUUUGAAUCUUGGAUUGACAUUGGGGGUUGUGCUUGAGUGCGCAAUGGUGAACACUCUUGAUGUAGUUGCGAUCUGUCAUAGUUUGACUCGAGCUGAUGAGAGAAUGUGUUUGUGUUUGUUUUUUUUUUUUGUUUGUCACCUUUUUAGGGUUUUGGAGCAUUGAGCUGUAUGACCAAAUUCUUAGUGUGUUUCUAUUCACACAAAGCUUUCCCUUUUUUCCUUUUUAAUUCUAUGCACCAAUGAAAUGAGACUUUCUCGACACCUUAGUUUUUCACCAAAGCAGUAUGACACACACGUAAAGCCCACAAUCAGCUGGAAACAUUAAGUGUAACUAAAAGGUGCUGUAAGUCAGACUGUUAAGAUAGAUGACUAAAAUACAUGUUUAAAUCGUCACGAGUAGUUCAGUUGCAGAUCAGAAAUGUGAAGCGUCUUUGCAGCAGGGCGUUCAUUUGUAUGAACAGAGCACCCAGAUGAUCUACUUAUUCAAUUGUUCAGUCUAUUUACCAGCUCGCAAAGUUUUGCCAGGGUGUUCUACAGAAGAUGUCUGACGUGUGUCACAUUAUCUAUAAUGAGUGUGAUCCCCAAAAACUUGGGUUUGUACUUGUUGUUACUGCUUCUUUGUGUUUAACGUAACGUAUACCAGCACCUUAAUGUACCAGAUCAGAAUGACAUUGCUUUUCUUGGAGAUGUUAUUUUUGCACUAACAUGGAUACACUUUGACGCUGUUGCAGCAUUGGAGAAUUAAUUAGGUUGCAGAAUGGCAGCAGCAUUUUUUUUUCUUUUGUUAAAAAAGAAAAAGCAGUUGCCGUUGAUGGUUUUUUUUUAAAAUAAAAGAAGCAUGGACAGCCUCAGUACGUGCAGUCACCAUUCAUUUAGCCAAGAGAUCCUGCCUAGUCGACCAACACUCAGUGUGUUGUCUUUCACUAAUAUCCUGAUGCCUUUUAACUGUUAAAGGAAGAGUCAAACUUGAAGCUGCAUGGGUGGGCUGCCUUUUGUUGUGGCAGAAAGGUGCUUUAUGCAAAACAAACUGACAAGCGUUAAAGAGCUCGUUCGCUGCAGACAGUAAGGCUUCUCUGAUCACUGCGCGUUGUGUGCUGUGAGAGAAUGUGAGCGUGUAGGUUUUACAUCACCGAUACAAGGCCUCGUGGCACCACCACAGAUUCUACUAAUAUACAUAUCAUGAUGAGCUGCGGCAAGAAUGUGUAUGAAAUGAACAAAUGAAUACACGAGCCUGGGUGAACAUGGCACUUCUCAGUUUGCGCGGUGCUCCGUACGGCAAAGCGUCAAAGCAGGAACCCAAACAACACGGCGGCAGACGCACGUCUAAAUUCACACCUCAGAUUGGCAUCGCUUUCACAGGGUGACUGAAAGUUGGACAAAGCUGGUUGGUUGUAAGAUGAAUAGCAUAUCAUAAGCUAAUGUAACCGGCUAAUUGUGUUUUCAAGAUAGAACGUUUACUUAUUUAGUAGGUAUGUUUAAAUUAAAGACGCUGUUGGUAAAACAGCUCUGGGCUUGGAAUAAAAAUAUAUAUAUCAGUUUAAUGUCCUGUGUAUAGUAAAGCCUCUCAUGCAUCUCCUGUAGAGAAACUAUUGCUGACAUAAAGAAACCUCCUUUUAGAAUAGAACCUUCUCUUCGAGUUAUGUCAAUGAAUGUAGUGUGUGUGUGUGUGUGUGUGUGUGUGUGUGUGUGUGUGUGUGUGUGUGUGUGUGUGUGUGUGUGUGUGUGUGUGUGUGUGUGUGUGUGUGUGUGUGUGUUUUGUAAUAUUUUAUAGGCUUGUAUCCAUCCAGUACAUUUAUAUUUGCUUCAAGUGUAUAGCUUUUUUGUGUUUCUUUUAUUUAUAGGCUUUAAUAAUUGCAGAAGGUAUUAUCAUUAAUAACUAAUUGGUUUAAAUAUUUCCCAUGUCACAGCCAUUGUUAACCUGAAUUACAGAAUUGUGCAGGUGAGCAGAGCGUAGUAAUCUUUCCUGUCCUGGCGUCAUGCUUGCGUGAGAUAACGUGUGGGUGUGUGAUGGUUGUUUUCCGUCUUAUUUGCUCUUUUUCAGCUCCUGCUUUAAACCUCAGUCUGAUUCUUGUUCGGUUCUUGCAGAGUUGCUUUGUGAAACUCCCCUGGCCUCAUGAACUCAUUAGCCCAGUGCCACUGGAAGGUGUAGAGCUAAGUUUGAGUUUGGGUGAUGCUUGUGUUCCUCACUUUUGGUGAUUGUAUUACUAUGCAGGUCUAUCAACGUUGCUUUUAGUUUUUCGUGGCGCUCUGAUGGAUUUAGACCUAUAGUUUCCCUGUUCCGUUGCUAAAUGGGUGUCAGCACAUCAAUGUUCACCCACCGAAGUGCUGUUGUGCAACAUGACAUCACUAAAUUCCCACAACCUAAACAAAAAUGUUGUUCAUAGUAGUUGCUGUUGCUACAGACAAGCUGGUUUCACAGUUACUCCAUACGUAAUGUCUUUUUAAGCAUUUAAUAAUCAUUUCUUACACAAUUGUAAGCUACUGUCAUAGGGAAAAAACUGGAUUUUGUGCAACAACAAACCAGAAUGUUUUCCUCUUCCUGGCCACUCCAACAGUUACAUUACGUCGUAUCACAGCUAAUAAUGACGCAUACAAACACAUUCUGAUCACCUCGAAGGUAGGAGUAAAUGUGCAGCUGUUCCCGGUGCUGAUCUGUUUUAGAUGGGUGGAGUUGAAUGUUUGUCACCCUGUUGUAGAGGAAAGUCUCUCGUAGUCUUCCAGCUGGGACUCUCCUUCAUACUUGAGUACAGAUUGUAAAACUAUCUUUCCUCGCGGUCGAUGCUUGGCACCGUCACAGUGAGAGCGCGCUGUUAAUUAGGUUCUGUUUUAACCAGUAAGUGCAGCAGUGUGGGCUAAAACAUGGAGCUGUUGAGGGAACGCACUGAACAUUAUUGUUACAAACACAGUCGUUCCCAAACUAUGUUUUGUGCUCCUUAACUCAUUUUUACUCUUGCAUGGAGCAAUGCUGCACUGCAGAGUCUGGCUGUGCAUCACAGUAGGAUUGCAUGCGUAUUUCCUUUUAAUCUGGCACCCAAAUAUAUUUGCAUAUAAUUUCAAAUGCACUGGCAGAGCAUAGUUUGUAUUUGUAGCUUCACGUUGCAGUAUUUACCCUAAAGGCAUAUUAGAACUAGAAUGUCUUCAGUUGCCACUUUUCCAUUUUUAGCCGUGUGUGCUGCGUUGUUGUACAGACGACUGGAAAGAGGUGUUACAUGUUCUAGUACAAAAACCUGUUGGCGUGAAAUGAAAUGUUGCUAUAAUGUUAACAGUCCCUAUAGGAUGAAUUCAAAGUUUGAUCUGCCGGUCUAACAUUUCCUAGUUUCCACACAAUGAAUUCUCGGGACUUGGCUGAUCUGCGACUCGUUUGAGUUCAUAUUAGUUUGACAAAGUGCUGCAGAGCUGACAUUCCCGGUCAGUUGGUUGCCAAUUGAUGAUCAGUGCGGUCACAGCUACUCGGUGGCAAAAAUAGAACCCAGUGCUCGAGACCUCAGAAGAAUGGAGCCAAGUAAUUGCCAUGCCUCUCUCCAGCAGCCAUUACUGGUCCAGAAUGGGACGUGGAUGUACCCACAGUCGAUCUGAACUGAACUGUUACGGAGCUUCACCACACAUUACCAAACUAGUACCUUCCAGCUGAUCUAAAUGCAUCCAUUUAAGCAAGACUCAUGGGUAUUUUUGUGUUUUUUGUAUUAGGCAUUUCUAGUUUUCACAAUGACUUGGCUUUUUAUUUACCAACUUGGACAAAAACUACCUCAGAGCAGCAUCAGGUGCUAGCUAAUAUUAGCCCUAAUUCAAGAUAAUGGUAAGAAAAUCAAACAUUGAAGUGACCAAACCAAUAUAUAAGCCAAUGUUUUGUGAGAGCGGCUGUCUUUUUCUUAAAGUGCGGUAAAUAGAAAAGCAAACUGGCUGGUUGCUUUAGUUCCAUUGUAGGGGACCAAAUUUGAAUUAUGGGAAGUCUCAUUGUGUUCAUUGCUUCAAAAGGGAUUCAAGGACAAGCCAGCACGAUCUAGGAUUCAUGAGGUGAAAUAAACCGGAUGACUGGAUCAUAUAUUGCCAAAUGUGCCAUCGUAAUUACUAUUCAUUAAUAAUCCAGCUAAGCUUUAGGGGUGUGGUAGUGGCAGUGAAGGUUUGUUUGGAAAGAUGUAUGUACAGCAAUAAUGUUGGACUUUAAUCUGUGGUUUGCUGGUAAGGUUGGUUCCUUUACUUCAGUCUUGUAUGUCUACGUCGAAGCAACGCUCAAACAUUUACAUUUGUGAUUCAUAAUUACACACAGCCGUAAAUGAGUAGAUGUACCGAUGGGACCUGCCUUGUGUUUUCAGGUUUACCAGAAUGUUGAAAUAUUAAGGUUUCGUACCAGAUAGAGCCGCUCCAUGUGCUCACAUGCCUACAGUUGUUAACCCAGUACUGCAAUAAAAUCGGGGAGGACGUCCCUGACUCUGACUUGGCUCAUAUCUACUUUCCUUAGAUUAGCCAGGUUCAACAACAUUUUUGUAAAGGUUUUAAAACAUGAUUCACAAAAGGGAAGAUACACAUUUUAAUUUAUUCACAGUGGAUCAAAUCAUUGUUAACUUCAGCAAAAGGUACAUAUGAGGUUGUGUGGCGUUGAGCUGCAGAUUGUUUUAGUCUGAACUGAAAGCAUCCCGUGUGUUCGUUUCGUGUGCCUUUUGUCGAAUCUCUCUCUUCUCGAUCGGCCCCAGCUUUGGGUUUGUGAGUCCUUUCAACAAAGGUUUGACUAAAUCUGCCGCACCACAAAACAAAAGUCAUUUUCUAUUUUUAAUGAUCAUGUAAAGUUGCGUGUAGAUGCUGCAUAGAACGAUCAGUAUUUGUGUUUGCACUUUCAAAGCAGUCUCAAAAGACGCCCUCAAGGUCGGGCACAAAGUAAAACAUAACUGACGAGGUAUUUUAUCAAUAGGAAAUCUAAGGAAUAAUAUGACUUUGAAGAGCUUUUCUAAAAAGGUUGAUAUAUCUAUAUAUAUUAAUGAAGUACCUCAUAAGCCUGAUAUAUGCUGCAUUGACUUUUUUCUUUAGUGUACUUCAUAUUGUCCAAUAAAUUUUUAAUUUUGCCCUUUCGGGAGGUUUGAAUGUCACUGCAGGCUUUGCCAGCGCCGCCACCAGUUAAUCUGAUAGUCGGACAGAAGGGGGACAAUACACGUUGUGGCCAAAUUUUAGACAUGUGUCACUUAUGCAAUUUAAACGCGAAUGUGAUUUCAUCCAAACGAUUCCUGGCUGUCGCAGCGUCUCGUCUGCUUCUGCGUCUGCAGUGUCAAACUUCUCGACCGAGGCUCUGUGGUCCAACGACUGCUGACUCAGGUAUCGCCAUGAAAGGGCUAUAUCUGCUUAUUACGCCCCCCCCCCCCCCCCCCCCCCCCCACCCCCCUCACACACACACACACACACACACACACACACACACACCUUUGUCUUAAACUAGCCUUAGAAACCCACACGAGGUCCCUGCAGGUCCCCUGAACGGUCACAGUGGGAAUCCUCUGAUCCACAGCCGAAGCCUGUUUGUCCUGAUGUGAUGCGCUUUCAAGGCAGGUCUGUGCCGUUGUAGCUAACUGACCGAGUUAACGGAGCAAGUUCAGCAGCUCUCGACACUGUGUUACUAUUAUGGGCUGUUGUAGCUGCGAUUUCCGCCUGGGAUGUCGCAUCAGUUCAAAAAGCUGGAGGAACAAUAACAGCGUAACCACAGCGACGCAUCCACUGCAAUAAAUGCAUCGUGUUCCACAUCAUCACGUCUCAUCAUCCAGAUAUUAGCCUUUAUGAUCUCAACUGGUUCAUUAUAAGAUAACACAUUAUUAUGAAAGAGCAUUCCCACUGUGACCUUUCGAGGCUCCACAGGCUCUUAACGGGCCUUAAGCGUUUAACAAAUUAUGCACUACAGUUUCAGAUUAAACCGAGUUCGACUCCUGUUCAGACACGAAGUUGCGCCAUUGUUGUGUUGUUAUCUACCUCCUAUGAAUGUAGGGGCUUUCCUGGAGUUGUAGUCAGCUGCAAAGCUUUUUUAAAAACACAAAUACUUGUCAAUUAGAAUCUCUGUUCCCCCGUUCAUUCAAACAUGGAGGAUUUCAGGACACUUGAUUUUGUCUUGGUGGGUGUUUUGUUUUUUUCCCCUUCUUUUAAACGUUUUAAUCUAUUUUCAUUUUAAUAGAAGCCAGGAUGGAGGAUCAAAGUGACCAAAGUCUCUUAGUACAGGCAGGCCUGCACAGCUGUGUGAAUUCAAACCUCCCUUCAUUUGUGUCAUUUUGAACUCUCGUCUGAGUUAUUUAUUUUCUCUCUUUUUAUCUCUCUCACUCUUUUCUCCCUUAUUUAAACCACAACAUGCCAAAACUGAAUUUGCUGUCAUUCCUGUUCUGGUGAGGGUCUUUAUGUUGCUGAAUUAAUAUGUUCACAUCCACUGCUAAGCUCAUUGAUGUUGUAAAGUUGUAAGCUUUUGAUUUCUAUUUUACAUUUCCUUAUUUUUGUUAACAAUUACGCUUACAGGACACGAGACAUGCUGUAAACCCUGUUAGGACAUAAUGUGAAUACGUAUCAUUUAAUAUAGUUCACUCUUUGGCUUGACUGUAAGUUGCGAUAAUUAAUAAAAAUGUCUAAAAAGUCA